AUGAGCCAGGAGCGACAUGAGACCGAGACGUGGGACUUGAAGUGGAUGGGAGCGGUCCUCCAGAGCUUGGAAAUGUACGAAUCAGCGCUUGAGACGGCGGAGUUUCCUAGUUUAUUACAGACAGCGCUGGAGGAGCUGAUGGAGGCUCCAGAAGCUAAUGCAACGCAGCUACAAGAACUGUUUGAUGUCUUGUUGCAGAUGAUCGAAAUCCCCAUUGACUCGGAGAUCCACCCAGACACGGUGACGUUACUGCACUCAUCCCGGGACUGGGCAAUCCAAACGCUGUUAGACGUUGGAGUGAAUCAAGGAAGAGAAAUGGGUGACAAUGUAUUACACUCCCCGACGACGAUGCCCGAGUCGUUGCAGCAUAUGCAGGCCACUCUAUUUGUAUCAGCGCCUUGCAGAAGUGCAGAUAUCGAGAUGGAGCUGAUUGAGUCGAUGCUCUUGGCAGUGGAAGUUGAAGAAGAUAGCGAGACGAUCGUGGAUGUUUUAGAGAUGUGCGCGUCAAAUUUACAGGAUGACACGUGCUUUCUCGGUUUCGCAGAGACGGCGUUGUCAGGGAAGUCUGAGUCGUUGAGUCUUGGCAGUGGCUUCCUCAGACGAUUGUAUGAUCGAAAAUAUCGACAAGCGCACGGAGACGAGCAGGUAGUGGAGCACGAUGUGCGGCAUGAGCGACGGUUAAUCGAUGCACUAACUCUCGAAAGUAGAGUCCGCGUGUGGGCGAACCACCUCCCGAGCUGGCGAUCACAAUUACAGGCCUGGGUAUUAGCAGCGCAUCGAGCACCACUCGAGCCGAUCAUCUCUGUGCUGCGUGAUAGAUGGUGGUCUGCCGAUGACCCGAUCACAGAUGGCAUUCCUGUGACUUGUCAGCGCUAUUCGCACUUGUACGUUACGUUCAUCGAUUGGUGUCGGUGUCAUGUGGAUCUGCUGUCAUCAUGUCGGAGCAUGGAGUUGGUAAGUAUGGUAUCACAAAGCACUAGACAAGAGCACUCAGCGUGCUUCUUCAGUCGCCAGUUGCUGAGCCACGUGCCGCUACACGGAUGUUCAUCGGGUAGCUGGUCGCGUGACCAGCGAGAACGAGCAUUUACUACAAUACUCAUCAAUCUUGAGCGUCUUCAAACGUCGUGCAGGACUUCAGACAUUGUGUGGCAGUAUGAAUAUAUCGGGAUAUUAGAACAAUCUCAACUGCUUCAUGAAGCACUGGAGCUCACGUUCCAAAACGGCACGGAGAGCAAGGAGGUUGACAUGAAGGACGAGGACAAGUCCGCAGCUCGAAGUUCCGUACGAUUCUUCAGCUGGUUUCACUCAUUCCGCGUAUCCGAAUCUGCUGAUGAGAUAGCCUCGCUAGUUCUGACGUUGUCGUCGAAGCUCAAGGUGCCAGAUAUUUGCAGUGGAGCACAAUGGCUGAGGCGAAGUCGCGUUGACUUUGGUUCCCUUCCUAUCCUACGUCUUCGUCUCGUUUGGUUUUGGCUGCUGAAAAGCAUUGACGAUCACUUACAGAUGCCAAAGCUCAUUUGCGAUGAUCGCGCUACUGCGGUGGCCAUGAUCGAUGUACUCGAGUCCGUCGAGUACGUCUUCCGACGCUUUACGCCGCAGAGAGCGAAGCGGUCUUUUCAAGUAGAACUCGUGACGCAACUACUCGUCGAGCUUGAGUGGCGCGCAACGAAUACACAGUGCGAGACAAAAGACAUGUUCUUGAGCGCGAUCGAACCUGUGCAAGUCUGGCUGACAAAAGUCGUCAGCUUGAUGCAGCUUGAAGAGCAGGCUGUUCAUCAGAAAGAUAGUAGAACCGGCUAUGGCAACCGCAGAAACUCAGCGAACGAUGUGGAGCACUUGGCAACUCGUCUGGAGCUCUUGCUGCAUUAA